CAAAAUCUCCUUACAGUUGUGCCUGACCCGCCUACUAUCUCGUCUUCUCAUCAAACUGCACUUGUCAGAGAAUAUACUGAUGUGACCUUGACCUGCAAUAACAAAAGUGACCUUGUUGGUGAUGUGUUCUACACGUGGACGUUUAAGAAUGAGAUUCUCAGUAACAGGCAGAAAACAUUGACACUCAACCCAGUCAGGCUAUCAGACGCAGGGUCAUAUUACUGUACAAUUGUGGACAGGUUAGGCACCUCACGGCCAAGUAUAGGAUACUUGCUUGAUGUGAGCAGUACAUUUGAUAAAGAUGAGCUGUUUUGGAAAAUUUUUGCAUCUAUUGUAAGUGCCGUUUUAGUAACAUUUGCCUUGUUGCUGAUCAUAUUUUGCGGAAGAAAAAUUAAGCACCAUCUUCACUGUGUUUAUAUGAGAUGUGUUGAGUGUAAAAGCAAGAAAGAAGUGACAAUUGAAUUGGGAGAAAUUAGUUCAGUUGAUAGUGUUAACAGUGAGAAGAGAGAUCCGAACUCUUCCUGUAUGGGUGCUUGUCCAGAUCCACCUGAUGACCCUAGACGUCCAUUUCUGGAAGAACCAACUCACCCCUCAUCUGAAACAUAUUUAAAAACCCCUUUUUACGUUCAACCAGAUAACCCAAGCCCAGAAGAAUUAUUAGCCACAGCAAACAAUGACCAAAAGGCACUUAGGAAACUACUUAAUAAUGCCGAUAUGUUGAAGGAGAUAAAGAAAUAUCUGGACCAACAAGCAGACAGGAACAGAGACAAACCAACUUUUAUUCAGUUAGCAGAGUUCAUGAAGAUGGAUGAUGAUCGGAUAAAUAACCUAAUAUAUUGUUGCACACGAGAGGCUGGCAGUCCGACCGAAGAAUUGUUGAGACUAAUGUGCAUGGCUGGACAUGGAAUCAACUAUUUGUAUUCAUUUUUAGAAAAAUACCCUUCCUUGCAUGAACUUAAAGAAUCUAUAAACAGCUCAUUUUUGCCACCAGAGUGACAAAUUCUUUCUGAAUAUAGUUAUUAGCUAAGGUUCGAUAAGAGUGGCAGCACAUCGUGCUAGAUAAAGCACAUGACAAAGUGGCUCAUGACAAAGUGGCUCAUUAUAAAGCUGCACUGCCAAUUAGGCUGUGAUUUUCAAGGACCCAGCAACCAUUUCUCUUUUGGUUGUUGUAAAACUGGCUUCAAGACCUUGCCAGAUUUUUUCAACAAUGCAUGUAAACAAAAUUGCUAAGUUGUUAUAACUUCUUCAGGACAUCAUAUCAUACAGGAACGCAACAACCAAUUAUAUUUGCUUGUAAAACUGGUUCAAAAUCUCAGCCAAACUUUAAAAUAAAUGUAAGAUAUUAAAUUGACCAGAGUUUAUAAAUGUCUAGAGCCCUACAUGGAUUUAUCCAGCAAUGUCUACAUAUCCAUUGGAUUAAUUUUAUAGACAAAGUCACACCAUCAUCUCAGCUCCUGUACCAGAAUCCCAUAAUUCCUUGCAGGUCAAUGACAUUGUCAACAGACUUGAUGCAUUUCAAGGGUGCAUAAUUGUAUGCUGAACUUUCAAUUGAUGAAAAUUGAUUUGUGAUUAUUUAAAAAAUAAAUAGCUAUGAACUGAGUCUGACUCAACAAGUCAAGCAAGUAGCAUUAUACUUGGAUAAUUAAACAUUCCACAGAGAGGUACUACCCUCAUACUUGCCAAAGAUCAUUUUAAUUACAGCCUAUUAAAAAAUUGGAUAAAGCCAACUUGCUAUGUUCAGUUGAUUGUAAUUGUUAUGUAUCUAAUCAGUACCUGUUAAACAUUUAGCCUAUUUUGUCAUCUCGCUACCCUCUAAUGUGAAGAGCCAGUUGACACAUAUCACAUGUAACCAUAUAUAUAUAUUUUUUAAAUGAUAACAUUUUACUUAUUUUUAUUUUACUUAGCAGCUUUGUAAAAACUCAAUUGUCUCAAUUUGCUUAAUUGUCUGUUUUUUUGACAAUAAUUAGGAAAUUGUAUAUGACACUUACGUCCAUAAGAAAUAAAAUUUGUUGUAGAUAAUAUUUAUAUACACCUAUUUUUGUAAAAAAUAUUUAAAUAUUUGAUUUUGUACAAUAUACACAAUAUACUUAAAUUUUGUGUAUAAACAAAUAUAUUAUUACAAAUAAAGCUAAGUGUUUUGAGAACAACAAAUUUCUGUUCUCUAUAGGGCUGGUAAGUAGGUCACCAACCACUUAUAUGGCUCAUGCAGGUUUUAUUGAGCCAUAGAACUGGUUGGUGACCUACUUACCAGCCUUAUAGUGAAUAAAUGUUAUUUUGAAUAAUCUUGUUUACUUAAUGCAAAUCUGUAAUGCAAACAUAUAAGUACAUUUUGUUGUUAAAUGUUUAAGCAGUUUAAACUAUUUUUACAUAACAGAUUCUACUUUGUUUUACUCCCUUUAAAACAUUGUUGAGAAAAAAAAAAUGAAAUAAUUAUGAAUUUACUUAACUGUAUUUCAAAAGGAUUUUAUUUAAAAUUAUCUAAUUUUUGCAUUAAAAAAUAGCAGUCUGUGAUGAUGGACUAAUCAAAACAUUGUUCUUCUGCAGCUGAUAGAUAAACUUUAAUUUACGUUAAAUAUCAAAAAGGGUGUUCCUAGGGAAGCGGGGUUUGAAUCAUUUUGUAAUUGUGUUAAAAAGUGUUAUUUUGAACAUUAGAGAGAGAAAUGCUGUACAACAAUCAGGUGGUCAAGAGCAAUGUCUAUGUUUUACUGAUGACCUUUUAACAGCAACAUGAAAUCUGUUGUCUUUGAUUCUGAGACUUGGAGAGUUACACAAACAAAUCACAAUAUGCCUUUUGUAAAUUAAUGCCUGUGUUAUAUGUUGAAAAAUACCAACACCAAACUAUGGAGAGAAAAAACAGGCAAGAAACAGAAAAGCUCAAAAGGAGAUUAAUCUCGCACACCUUGCAAAAUCCAGCGAACCUUGCUAGACAGGCAUUAGAUUGGAAUCCUUUAAGAAAGUGAGAAGUUAAGAGGAAGAAUCACAUGGAAAAAUCAAUUGUCUGAACCACAGGAAUGAUGAUGAUGAUGAAUUUUGUAUAACAAUUUUUUUAACUGAUUGUUUUUGUGUGUGAAAAUGACUGGUAUGCAGCAUAAUUGUAUGCACUAGGAAAUGACGCAGCAAUCAUCAUUUCCACCACAACUAAAGAGUUCCUAUUGACCAUAUGUUGAUGUAACACGCUGAUUGGCUAGUAUGUUGUUAACUGCUAGAAAUGCUAUAGUAUAUUGGACCGCAUGUUGAAAUGUAAUCCUGCAUUGUUGGAUGCAAGAAUUGGGUAAAAAUGUACUAUUUUUUUGUAUUAUCCAACUGCUAAGCCUCAACAUAAUUUAUUAAUAUUUUUAUAUAUAUUUUACAAAUAUAUAUUUUACAAAUAAUGUAAACCUAAAUUAUUUUUUAAACUUUUUAACUAUGUAUAAUGCUUUUACAAAAAAAUAAGUUUUUUUAUUCUAUUUGUUGAACAAUUCGUUUCGGUUAAACUUACCACACCUUGUAAUAGCUCCAACACACUAUGUCUGGAAUUGAACAUAUUACAAAAAUUCUGUGUCAGCCACAUAUUGGAUAUUUUACUGCUCUAUUUUAAAAUUUUCUAUUCUGCAUUAUUAAAUAGUCCCUUUUCCCAAACCACAUUUAUUUUUUUAAAUGUAAGAUGUGUAUCUCAUUUUUAUGCAAAAAGUGUUUUUUUUUAUAUUUUUAUAACAACUGUUAAAUUACAGAUUUUAUUAAGCUUAUUUAUUUACGUUUUCAAAAUUUGUAACAAAAUGUUUACAGUACCUACAAUGACCAGUAAUGUUGAACUUUGUCUUAACUAUUUGAUAUGUAAAUUUUAGAUAGUUAAUGACCUACCAGUAAUAAAAAAUAAUGCUUUAUUUGAUUGUUGGAGUCAUUAUAGGUGUAAGGAGAUUCUUUUUAAAGCUUGUG